AUGACUAAUCCUAUGAGUAACGAGGUACCUGCCGCCACCAGCAGUCCGACUUCCGGACUGACAGCAGUAAACUCACAUCUUCAUGACAUAAAAGAGGAGAAAGAGGAUCACGAAAACACUGUAAUACACCAUUCUCCUGUUGAUUAUAUACCCGAGAUCGAGGAAGAAACAAGGCUCGACGAUACAGGAGAUGUUUCAAUAGAGAGCCAAGACAUGAUAAAUGACACCGCAGAAGGUGACGCUGAAGAAGAAGAAAAAAAGCUGACGAACAGUUUUGAUGAAUUAUCAUUGUUACCACCGUUGCCACAUAACGAUUUAUCAUUUGACGUGAUAAGAGCACAACAACUGGAGAACAUGGAGAAUGCAGCAGCUCUACAAGAACUGGAUCAACGUGGCAUGCUAUUACCGGAACAUACUCGCAACGGAUUAGAUGCACUAGCUGAAAGUCCUGAAUCUAUUUUGAGAGCACAUUCUUCGAAUUCACCAGAUCGUUCAGCAUCUCCUCCCCAUAGAAUGCCAUCCUUGAGAUCAUCUACUCCACUGUCACCAAUCGUUGUACCUAGUGCUGUUAAAGAUAGUAGAACUUCCAAAAUGAUCUUGGAUGAUCUCGUCUCGAACAAUGACGAACUGAUAAAUAUACAGUCCUCGUUAGAUUAUAAUUUGAAGAAUAGCCAGGAAUUAAACGUUGAAGAGAUACAGUAUCCAUUGGAAAAUCCUAAUACAUCAUUUGAUUUAUCAAAAGCAUUAGAAAUACCAAAUUCGUCUUCAUCUCUCGGGAAUAAGGGCUCAUCUCCAUUGAAUACUACUCAGGAAAGCAAUAUAAGUGUUCCACCUUCACCAAAGAUCACAAGUCCAAAGGCUUCUUUGAAGAAAAAGUUUUCAAAUACUCUAUUAACAACUGGUGGCGAGCUACCUAAUAUUAACACAAACACAAACGGCAACAUUAAUGGAAUACUCACGUCUCAAAAACAUUCCCCGACAGAAUUUCCACAACUAAGUAAAGUUGCCACGGCGACGUCGAACACAUCACUGGCUUCGCACUCAGCAACACCUGUUCAAGCAAGAACAUCAAUUUCUAGCAGACCAAGAAGAAGCACUUCAAUAACGAAUUCAGUACAGAGGCUUGUCCUUGAGACAGCUAACAACGAUACAAAAAAACCAUUGACAGAGAGAAAGCCAUCGCUUAAGCGGUAUACUAGUAGUAUAAACACACCGAAUACGGAUCUAGAUAAUGUGUCCAGACUAGAAGCUCAACUAUACAAUCUACCAGCCGUAACAGGAACAAUAUCUAGGGCACCUUCGGUAAAUUCUGGGAGAGCAAGGUCACAAUCUCAAUCAGUCCAACAAAAACUAGGCAGUACUGAUAUGCAGCCAUUAGGCUUGGCAAUAAGUACAACAGACCUGAAUAGUAUAGAUUCUAAGACUAAACGACCUCCAUUUCUCCGAAGGGCUUCAAGUGCUUUAAUGAGGAAAGCCUCCAUGAAAAUGGGCAACGAAAAUGCCAGUUCACCAAUGUCACCCGUCACACCUUUACCUACACCAGUGACUGCCAUUGAUAAAAAGCCAUAUAUCAGAUCAACCUUGGGACGACAAUUGAGCAGUACAAGCAUAGCAACCGAUGCGAAUAUUGAUUACUCUGGGAAAACUGGUAGAAAUGUUUCAACACCAUUAAUGCGCACAUCCUCAUUCAGUCAUAAGAUGAAGCGUGGAUUAACUAGAAUUAUGAGCACUAAUGGAUCUAGUGCUAGAAUUUCUAACAAACCACCUGCUGAAGUUGUACCAUCUAGACACAGUCAAGAUUUUCUAAGACAUACAGUACCUGAUAAUAACAGCACCAUAGACAACUACACUUUAAGAAAUGGAAGUAAUGGAGAUAAUUCAGAUAACUCUGUUUUGUAUAUGGCCGUUGAUAAGAGAUACAAUGGUGCGGUACCAAAGUCGAAUUCCGCUGACUCUGCGAACAUGGACUAUUUCAAUUUCCCCAAGACUGAGAUAAUCGAUCCAAAUUUCAAGACUAUGGCCAUAGAUAUGGAUGCUUGGAAAUCGCAAGUGCCUGUUAUCAACGUUACAGAUGGCACUUCGAUCAACAUGCCAGCUCGUCCGAGGUUUGACACAGAAUGUUCAAAAGUGUUCUGUUUAGAGAAUGUUAAUGUACCGAGACAUAACAGCAACAACAGUACGCCAUUAUCAGUCUCAACAAAUAGCUCUCAGGCUAAAUCAAAUACUAAGGAAGAGAACCAGCCAGAUAGUAUCAAAGUGAUGGAUCUGAAAGAUUACAUCAAGUUCCUUUUCAAACAGAAGACACUUGAAGAUAGUACCUAUGAAAAGAUAGAGAAGCAAUUCAUGGAAAGUGGUUGGUGCUCUAACUCCGAUUUGGUGAAUAUCAGACAUAAGAGAUACUCUGUGAACAAAAAAUGGGACGAUGUGAUCAAUUUCUAUCAAAGCAAAGUUGGCUAA